UCCCGGGGCGGGAAGCGGCGUGUGGCAGGCUGUGCUAACCCUGAAGCAGCCGUUACACUGCGCGUGUCCGUACCUUACCAGUCGCUCGCGUGCUAAAGUGAAACUACGUACCUGUAAACCGACCCGCUGUGUGCACUGUAACUGACUUAUGCAGCUUUCUUCACAAAACGCUGCCUUUUCCCUUCCUCCCAGACGCUUUGCCCUGACUGGUGUAUACCAUCCAUGCAAAACACAGAAUGAAUCCUUCACAUACAAAGUAUAUUUCAGUUUCUUCUCCACACACUUGCGACAUGAGUAACAAACGUUUUCCCCAAGGCAUACUCAUGCAACCAGAUUUUCAGCCUGCAAACUGGAAAAGGCCAUCUGUAAACGAAGGGGGCUUUGCCUCAAGUCCGCUUGACUCCCAAGAGUCUGAUUCUGAAAGCCUUGCUCAGGAGAGACGGUAUCAGUUAGAACUCCAGCAACGGAUCUGUGAAAACGAAGAGCUGGUAGGAGUGUAUUCUGAGGAGCUGGAGAAUGACAGCUUAGAAGAAGAUAGCCUGGAGGAGACGAGUUUAGAAGAACGAGGAGGAGCCGAGUGUGACACAAAUCAAUAUACAAAUGGAAUACAAAAGAAUGAUGGUAAUAUAAGGAAACAACAGUCUGUGGACAAAUAUUUCAGCCUAAGAUACAAUCCUAACUGGAAGAACGCAAAAGAGGUAGCAGAAUUUUCUGAGGCAGAAAGAGUGUGUCAAGUUGCUGGAGGAAGCAGUGUGAACUUUUCACAAGAUUCAUUUUACCUGCAUUCCAAUGGCUCCCCAGAAGAAAGGAAUCAACAGGAGGCAAAGUCGCAAGAUUCAUUCUCAGAGUUUGGUACAGAAUUACUGAGCUUUCAUGAACAAAAUGCCAUGGUCAGCAGUGAACCUUUUAGGCUACAUACCAAAGGGGAGGAAUCUGCAGAUGGCUGUCAUUUCAAAGAUAGUCCCGGUACAUAUGGCAGUGCUUUUUCUCUUCAGAUGCAAGAAGAUCGACCACAAAGAGAAAAAAAAGACUUUGUGGAAAAAAAUAAACGGACUCUAGGAUUACGUUCAGAGAAGAUAAAUUCCUAUCUUCUAUUACACAAUAAAAAGCAAGAAGUUCUUCAAGAGCAGGUUGCAGAUCCUAAAACUGUCCAUGAGGAACCAGUUCAGAGUGCCCUACCAUUCCAGACUGUGAAAACAGAGCCUGAAGACAAAUGGUACCUGAAAGCACAGCAGCUCAAGGAUCACCAAAAUAAGUCCUCCCAGAGGAAUAAAAUAAAAUCCAACCUGACCCUCAAAGGGAAAGCUUUCCUAAGGAAUGGUAGCAAACAACCGCCAGGAGGACCAGCAGAACCAAAGCUGUGGCACCACAGGCACCACCAAACAUCGGAAUUUCAGACUGCUCCCAUGCAGGCAGUGGAGCAAGGCAACAGCAGCGCGCUGCAGAAAUGGCUGUAUCCAAGUCCUUCUCUUGGCCCUGACACUAAUACAGAAGCAAAUUCAGAUACUUGCUUAAAUAAUUUCCCAAAUUCAAGACAUUUUGUUAAUCAGGAUUUUACCACAUCUACCUAUCCCUUUCAUCCAACAUCACACAGAUUUAACCCAGCAGAGGCUGUAUCUCCAGCACAUACCAGCAAGAAGAACAAGAAAUAUCAGGAUGAUUCUCUGAAUGGACUUCCACAUGACCAGCAACAUUUAUACAACACUGUGAAGCUUUUUGCAAGAGGUAACGGGACCAAUGGUCAAGCACAUCCAAAUCAGAGGAAUAUUUCAUGUAUUUUUAAUGCAAUUUUUCAAGACUUGGUGAAGGAUCAAGUAUCACUUCAGGAUUGUGAGAGACACAUGUAUGCAGAUAAAAGGUCUUCUCAAUCUUCUGUUCACAGUUCACCAACAGCCCCUUGUAGAGCCUCCCAAUUUACACAAAUGAUGGAGCGAUAUCACCAAGACAUCACUCAUCUGACAGAAGCUCACUUAGCUGACAGGCACGUGUUCAGCCUACUUCCACCUAUAAUCCCACAGGUAGAAAGUCGUUCAGAUGUAGAUCCAGAGAAUGGUGAAGGAAACCGAGAGAAAAUAAGCCGAAGCUACUCAGAAGGAUAUCUCAUGCAAAUGGAAAAGCAAAAACAGCCUAAAAUCAGCAAGAAGCCGUGCAGCUCAAAAGCCUACAUAAAUCUGAAUGUGAAGCUUGGAGGCCUUGGACCUGACUAUGAAGCAAUCAAAGAGAAAAAAGAAAAGUUAAAGCAACAAAAGGAAUAUGCAAGGCAAAUUAAGGAACACAAUAUGAAAAGCAUUGCUUCGGUUCAGAGGUUACCUACAAAACCCCAGGUCAUAUCUUCAGUCUCAAGACAGAAGGCACUGGAAUAUGCUAAGAAGAUUCCUAGACCAAAGACUUUCACAGCAAGACCAUCAGAUGAAGAGGUAAAAGAGGAAAGAGUUCUGCCACAGACUUUAAAUGGAGACAGUUUACCUGAAAUUGCAUCCUUGGAAACUUUGCAAAAUAGACACGAGAAGGAGAAGCAAGUUGUUGCUGCUUUCAGAACCCUUCAUAUCUUAUAAGUAUCUUGAAAUUAUUAGGGAUGUCUUCAAGGCAAAAGUGUCCGAACUAUUUAAUUAUGAGCUAUGACCAUCACAUAUUGAUUUACCAUUCCAUUGAAAUAUAAAGUGGCUUAAGUUUAAUCAUUGUUAAAUUUUAGAACCAAUUCUACUGUCCCUAAUUUUAAAAAUGUAAACAGUUUCAUAUGUAGCAUUUUAAGUAUGGCCAUCUCUGUUGUUGUUUCUCUGAAGUCAGCUGACUGAUCUAGCAGUUGCGUCUUCCAGACUAAUCAGCUGUUGGCUUGUCACAGCUGGAUCAUUUUUAGACACGUCCAACAUGGGCAUAUCUACAAAACAUUAAAAAUAAACAUCCGUUUCAUCUGAUGAUCUUAAUACCAGCAAUGUUUCUCUUUUUGAAGUGCAGAGGAGACUUUGGCAGACUGUCCAGAAAUAAAGCCAAAAAUAAUCCAUUGCUGGUAAGAAAGAGAACAAAAAUGUGCACCGAACAUUGCAGUUGGUAAUGGUACAACGCUAAUUAUUCGAAUGUUAGUCUGUUAUCUGUUGGUGAAUAGUUGUCUCAUCAAGACCAAAAUUUUGAAGCUUCAUCUGGGACAAGAAAAUUCCAAACAAGUCUUGGCUGAUCAUGCAGACAAUCUGUUAUUAGCCAGAAGCAGUUGGAAAAUAUAUUGAGUAACUAAGGAUAAUUGAGAGCUACAUGUUUGAGAGGAGACAGCUUUUAACAGAUUAAAUCUAUAAAAAUAACAACAAACAGAUGGGUUUCUUACGAUGGUUCCGUUUCUUUAACUUAGUAAAUUAUGAUUUAAGUCAGCAUAUGAAAUGUGAUUAGAACACACAGCAAGGGAAUUUUGAAGAAAACACACUAUAAUCUCUUCAAAAAUAGGGUAGUUAAAAGGA